UGACAGUCGGUGCGCGCGCGCGCGCGCGCAAACGUUUGUGCAACACACAUCCGUCAUAUCUACGCCAACUUUAGGUUGCACCCCGUCGGUCAUCGCGAUUUUUGGUCGUCGACAUGUCCGUUCUUUCGUGAGUUGACGAAUCGAGAAUCGCGGUUCCCAGAAAGCGCGACAAUCUGGCGAAGAAGAACCCGUUUCCCGUCGUAAUCCGUUCAGUUAUCCAUCGGUGACGCGCGACAUUAUCCGAAGAAGCGUCAUCGCAACCUAUAUUUUCGUAUUUCAUGGAGACGGCCAUGUAACCUAUGCUAGUGAAGUGUAUAGCAAAUGGAAGAUUUUAAGGUGAAAGAUGAACCGAUGGAUGCAUUAGCCAUAGACAGUCAGGUUAUGGACGAGAAUAUUGUGAGCGUUGUGCUUAAGGAAGAACCAGGUGACAAAUUUGAUCCUGACUACAUGGAGGAUAUUUGCUCUGGUACUUUUGAGAAGGGCGCUUUAUUUUUGCCUAUCGAAAACAAUGAGGUGGAUUUUUCCAAUGAAAUGGUAAAGCUGGAGUUGGAAGGUGAAUCUACUAGCCAUCAAAACUGGACAGGUCCACUAGGUAAUAAUUUGUGCGAUAAAGAAGAUGGUGUAAUGCAACGAUGCUUGGCUAAUGCAAAUUUCAUACAAACGCAAGAUUCUGACAAGCAUCAUGGAUUUUGUCAAAACGGACAGCAACCGAAAUUUUAUAAAAUCCAAUGUUCAAUUUGCAAGAAAUGGUUUCUGAACAAUGAUUCUAUGGUGACACAUUUAAGAAUGCAUUGUAGUGGAAGUCAGUGCGAGGUUUGUCAGCAAACCUUCCCCGAUAAUACUAGCUUGCAUGCUCAUAUGUUAACUCACGUCGGAAUGAGUCCGCUGGAGUGUAACAUUUGCCAAAAAAGAUUUGCUUACAAGUGGAAUUUGAGAAGUCACAUGCAGUUGCACAUAUUGGACAAGCCAUAUGAUUGCGAUGCUCUGCAACAGGCUUUUAUGAAGCGUGCGAGUUUGAACGAGCAGAUGAUGCACAUGGAAGAAAGACCGUUUGAGUGCGACAUGUGUCACAUGACGUUCAAAGAGAAAAUUAAUCUGAAUCGGCAUAUGGUCAGCCACACGACGGACAGACCCUACAAAUGCUCGAUUUGUUAUGAAGGUUUUAAAGAGAAGACAAAACUAAAUCUGCACAUGUCUAUUCAUACUGGGAACAAGAAUUUCAAGUGUACAUUGUGUCAUAGAUCAUUUGCUCAGAAAACGGCACUCAAUAAUCAUAUGCUGGCGCACAGCGGUGAGAAGCCACACGCUUGUAACAUAUGUGAGAAAACAUAUAAGAGGAAAUCGGAAUUAAUCAGACACGCCAUGGUCCACACCGGCGAGAGGCCGUACGAGUGCAAAGAGUGCUUGAUGACUUUCCGCGAGAAGGCUAAAUUGAAUUCUCACAUGUUGGUCCAUACUGGUGAAAAACCGCACGAAUGUCAUAUUUGUCACAAGGCGUGCGCGCGAAAAUCCGACUUGAACAGUCACAUGCUUCUGCAUACUGGCGGUCAGUACGAUUGUAAGGUGUGCGACAAGAUUUUUACCAGGAAGUCGGAUCUGAACAGACAUACUCUCAUACACACCGGUGAAAAGCCGUACGCGUGCACCAUGUGCGACAUGGCGUUUAGAGAGAAAACGAGAUUGAACUCGCACAUGCUCAUACACACGGGCGAUAAGCGGCACGCGUGUCACAUCUGCCAGAAAACGUUCAAGGAAAAAUCAUCGUUGAGAAAACACAUGUUAAGUCAUACCGGCGACAGGCCGUACGAGUGCUACGUAUGUCACAAGGCUUUUACGCAAAAGAGUACACUGAACAGUCACAUGUUGGUUCAUGCUAUCGAGAGACCUUUAGAAUGUUGUACUUGUCAAAAAAUAUUCAAAGAUAAGGCGGGGUUGAAAAAACAUUUAUUGAUGCAUGUUAACGAGAAAACCCACGAAUGUCUUAUUUGUAUGAAAAAAUUCGCCCAUAAAACAGCAUUAAAUAAUCACCUAUCCACAAGCCACAUAUCCUAACUACAUGGAUCUAGUCUAUUACGGCUUUCUGUUUCCUUACAUUGAGCACCGUAUCUUUGUAGUUGUAUAGCUAUUUCCACAAUUACUCCUAUAUCUGUUUUAUAUGCCGAUAGGUCCAAUGAAAUCGUAUUUUUUCCUGUAUAUGGACAAAUAAUAAAUUAAUUUGUAAGUAAAAAAUAUCGGCACUCAUUUUGUAUAUUAUGAUAUUCCUAUUGUGUAAAACGAGAGUAAGAGAAAAACUCAGAUUUUAUAAAAU